GGAAUUCCUUCAUGGAGGUCCCUUAAUCCCACUGUGGUGUCCCGGAAGGAACCAGCCCUGGCAAGGAGGUGACAAGGGACGAGCAGCACCUCCACCACCCACAGGCUGCUCAUUGUGAGGCCGUCCCACCCCCAUUUAACCUCCACAAACUAUGGAAGAUCCCAAUUAUCCCAACGUGCUGGGAUGCUCCUGCACCACUCCUCGUUUCCCCUCUUCUUUCCCGUGAGUUUUCACGGAUUCAGAGACUCCAAUCCCAUUUUUAAGCAGGUGUUUGUUUUUUUUUUUGCCGUGGGAGAACGGAAUCUGCUCGGCUCCGGCUUGGCUAAGCCAGGAAUUGCAUCCAGCCUGUCUUGGCCAAGCCAGGAAUUGCAUCCAGCCUUCCUUGGCCAAGCCAGGAAUUGCAUCCAGCCUGCAUGGACAGGGCAACCUUUGCCUGUUCCACUGCCUUUUUCCAUGACUCCAGCGCCUCAUCCCAGGCUGCUCCGGGCCUGCCGGGGGGACACGUUGACUUCAUCGAGAAAGUCGAUUCCUUCACCUACUCGGAUUUUUUCCGGGAUUAUCUGAUCCCCAACCACCCGUGCGUUUUCUCAGCCAAGCUGACGGAGGACUGGGGCAGCAGGAGGAACUGGGUCACGCGGGAUGGGAAGCCCAACUUCGAGCACCUGCUGCGGGAAUUCGGAGAGGCCGUGGUGCCGGUGGCCCAGUGUGACGUGAGGGAAUACAAUUCCCACCCCAAGGAGCAGCUGCCCUUCCGGGAGUACGUGCGCUACUGGCAGGAAUACAUCCGCAACGGAUACCGCUCCUCCCGCGGCUGCCUCUACCUCAAGGACUGGCACGUCAGCAGGGCCUUCCCAGAGCACGAUGUUUACACAACCCCCGUGUACUUCUCCUCCGACUGGCUCAACGAAUACUGGGAUGCUGUGGCUGUGGAUGAUUAUAGGUUUGUCUACAUGGGACCCAAGGGCUCAUGGACACCGUUCCACGCCGACGUGUUCCGCUCCUACAGCUGGUCCGCCAACAUCUGCGGCAGGAAGAAGUGGCUGCUGUAUCCGGCGGGGCAGGAGGAAUUCCUCAAGGACAGGCACGGCAACCUGCCCUUCGACGUGACCGCCCCCAGCCUGCAGGACAGGAGGGUGUACCCUCGCUACGGCCAGAGCCAGCCCCCCCUGGAGAUCGUGCAGGAGGCGGGAGAGAUUGUCUUCAUCCCCAGUGGGUGGCACCACCAGGUCUACAACCUGGAGGACACCAUCUCCAUCAACCACAACUGGGUGAACGGCUGCAACGUGGCCAUCAUGUGGUGCUUCCUGCAGGAUGAGCUGGCAGCUGUCCAGAGGGAGAUCAACCAGUGGAAGGAUCCUAUGGAUGACUGGCACCUCCAAUGCCAGUUGAUCAUGAAGUCCUGCACGGGCAUCGACUACAAGGAGUUCUACAACUUCCUCAAGGUCAUCGCAGAGAACAGGAUUUCAGUCUUGGAAAAGGGCCUGGAUGAGGAGGCUUCGGCCCAGAACACUUCCAAAGCUGCCAUUUCCACCCUGGGAAUGCUCCACGCCGUGUUUGACCUCAAGAGGACGGUGAAGGUGUUGACGUCCCUGAGCGCCAACGAGGAUUUCAAGAAGCUGGAUCUGACCUCCCUCUCCCCCCCUCCAGAGGCUUUGCUGCACCACCUGAAAGCUGCCAUAGAUACAGCCCUGCUCUGAUUUCCCCCAUUCCCUCGGUUCUUCGGGAAAAGGAACCUUUUCCCAAAGGGUUUUGGAGGAGGUUCCUCCUCCCUGUUC